AUGUUAGGGGAGAUCCUUACCGUUCAGCCACUGGAGCUGAAGUUCACGUUUGAGCUGAAGAAGCAGGUCUCAACAUCCUUGCGGCUAGUCAAUGUCACCUCUGAAUAUGUCGCCUUCAAGGUCAAGACAACGUCACCGAAGAAAUACUGUGUGAGGCCCAACACGGGCUUAAUUCCUCCUCAGAGUAGCGCGGAGGUCAUCGUGACCAUGCAAGCGCAGAAGGAGAUGCCUGCGGACAUGCAGUGCAAGGACAAGUUUCUCGUGCAGAGCGUGCUCGUGCCGGGCGGAGCUCCCAAGGAAGCCAGUGCCGACUUUUUCAACAAGGAGAACGGGCGCGAGGUGCACGAGGUGAAGUUGCGCGUGCUGUACGUCGCUCCUGCGCAGCCGCCGUCGCCUGUGGCGGAAACCGCGGAUGAAGGCGCAACGCCGAGCUCGUUCCCGCCCACGGCCAAGGGGCUCACUCCCACUGACGCGGGUUCCAAGGAUGUCACGGAACUCAAGGCCAAGCUCACUGAGGCUAAAACAGCGCUGACAAAGAUGACAGAUGAUAGAAAUGCAGCAGUGAGAGAGCUGCAACGACUCAAGGAGCAAGCGGGCAAGGCAGGGAGCAAGGCACCAGUGCAACGGCCAAAGGGAUGGUCCUUCACAGCUCUGCUGCUGGCUGCACUGAUCUUCUUCAUUGUGGGGUUCCUUGGGGGCAAAGGCUAUCUCACCUCCUCCUCCCCUGCGGCUGCUUCCUCCACUGAGCUUUAA